CGGAAGGCGCUGCACAGGCUCGUCCGGGCUGCUUUUACCAGUGAGAUCACCCGCAUCAGCUGGGGUGGCGUGCGUGGGGCUGAGCCCGAGUGGAGGACAGGUGGGUGCAAAGUUGACUGUACCCCAAGAACUGCUGCGGGACGGACUCGGUCUUUGAAGAGCCAGAGCCAUUCUGCCGGCCGCGAUGAGCACCAGUUACAUCUUGAAGUCCCAUCAGCUCUAACAGAAAUUCCAGAUUCCAAGAGAGCAAACCAUCUCCCCAAGACAGCCAGGCAUCCCCGCUCCCAAGAACUGAGGACCAUGGAGCUUUCGGACAGUGACCGUCCCGUCAGCUUUGGCUCCACGUCUUCCUCGGCCUCUUCCCGGGACAGCCAUGGUUCCUUCGGCAGCAGGGUGACCUUGGUUUCAAAUAGCCACCUGGGCUUGUUUAACCAAGACAAGGAGGCCGGGGCUAUCAGGCUGGAGCUGGUUCCAGCCAGGCCGUUUUCCAGCAGUGAGCUGCAGAGGGCCAUCCCAGCCGAGCAGCAGGGCGCGGAGGGCAGCGGAGAGAGGCAGCUGUGGGCACAGCGGAGAGUGGAAGCCAACGGAGCCACCGACGCCAGCACAGAAUCCACCUCGAGCCCCAAGCUCCUCUAUGUGGAUCGAGUGGUGCAAGAAAUUCUGGAGACGGAAAGGACAUACGUGCAGGAUUUAAAAAGCAUCGUAGAGGAUUACCUUGACUGUAUCAGAGACCAAACUAAACUGCCUCUGGGCACUGAAGAAAGAUCAGCCCUUUUUGGAAACAUCCAGGAUAUCUACCACUUCAAUAGUGAACUUCUACAAGAUUUGGAAAACUGUGAAAAUGAUCCCGUGGCCAUAGCCGAAUGUUUUGUGUCCAAGAGUGAAGAGUUCCACAUCUAUACCCAGUAUUGUACCAACUAUCCGAGAUCAGUGGCGGUGCUAACAGAGUGUAUGAGGAACAAGACACUGGCCAAAUUCUUCAGGGAGCGCCAGGAGACUUUAAAGCACUCCCUGCCCCUGGGCUCCUUCCUCUUGAAACCAGUCCAGCGGAUACUCAAGUAUCACCUCCUCCUGCACGAAAUAGAAAAUCACCUUGAUAAGGACACAGAAGGCUACGACGUGGUGCUGGAUGCCAUCGACACCAUGCAGCGGGUGGCCUGGCACAUCAAUGAUAUGAAGCGGAAGCAUGAGCACGCAGUCCGCUUACAGGAGAUACAGAGCUUGCUCACUAACUGGAAGGGGCCAGACCUGACCAGCUACGGGGAGCUGGUGCUGGAGGGAACCUUCCGCAUCCAGAGGGCCAAGAACGAGCGCACACUCUUCCUCUUUGACAAGCUGCUGCUCAUCACAAAGAAGAGAGAUGACACCUUUACGUACAAAGCCCACAUCCUGUGCAGCAACCUGAUGCUGGUGGAAGUGAUCCCCAAGGAGCCACUGAGCUUCAGCGUCUUCCAUUAUAAGAACCCCAAGCUGCAGCACACCGUUCAGGCGAAAUCCCAGCAAGACAAGCGCCUGUGGGUGUUGCAUCUGAAGAGACUGAUCCUGGAGAACCACGUGGCGAAGAUUCCAGCAAAGGCCAAGCAAGCACUACUUGAAAUGGAUGCUAUCUAUCACCCAGGCUUCUGUUACAGUCCAGAGGGAGAGUCGAAAGCCAUCUGUGGUUCAAAAGAAGGUUCUGCUCCAUAUCGGCUGAGAAGAAAAUCUGAACCUUCUUCGAGAUCACAUAAAGUUUUGAAGACCAGUGAAACAGCACAGGACAUCCAAAAGGCCUCCAGAGAGAACGGGCCUCCCCAGCUGACUUCAGCAGGGCCACCUCCUGCCCAGAGGACCAGUCAACCGAGCAGCUCAGCCAUCCUCAGCGUGCUGGGCGGGGGUGGUGCUGUGAGAAACAUCUGGACCGACCCUCAGAUCAGGCAAGCCUUGUUCCCCAGUCAGCGGGCCCCACAGGAGAACGAGGACGACGAGGAUGAUUAUCAGAUGUUCGUGCCGUCCUUCUCCUCUUCAGACUUGAACUCCACCAGACUGAGCGAAGACAGCACUUCAAGUCGCCCUUGCAGCUGGCACAUGGGACAGAUUCAGUCCAUAGAGGCCUCUGGCUCUGGCCACAGGGUUGUUAGGAGGGCCAGCAGUGCCGGUGAGAGCAAUACUUGCCCUCCUGAGAUAAGGAUUAGAGACAGCGAUGGCUCUCAGUACAGCCCCGGAAGGGAGCUGCAGAACGGGCCUACCACUGAAGGACAGGAUGCCAUGACUUCCUUUGGAUCCUCUGUAGAGUUGACUUUUGAUGAUCUAGACCAUGUUUAUGAUAACAUAAGUUACGAAGACUUAAAAUUAAUGGUUGCUAAACGAGAAGAAGCUGAAUCCACUCCCCAAAAAUCAGCCAAGGACUCUGUUCGCCCCAAAAGCACCCCAGAGUUAGCCUUCUUCAAGAGGCAGACUGGCCGAGAUAAGAGUACUCUCCACACAAGAAGAGAUGGAACUCUAACAGGUAGAAAAUCAUCUAACCAAAACACCUAUGACCUCAAGGUUGUGGAGGAAAACGUCUAUGACACCAUAGGACUCCCCGAGCCACCAUCUCCGAAUUUCCAAUGCAGCAGCCUAAAACGACCAAAGAGGAGCACCUUUUUAGGUCUGCAGGCUGACUUUGCAUGCUGUGACAGCCUGAGGCCAUUCGUUUCCCAGGACAGGCUCCAGUUCAGUGAGGAGGACGAAAUGCCCUACCACCAGGGUCCCUCUGAUAACAAUUAUCUGAGUUUGCUGUAUAACUCUCCCAGCUGUAACUUGUCCGUAACUGACAAGUCCAUAUCUGAUAAACUGUCGGAAGAAGUUGAUGAAAUCUGGAAUGACCUUGAAAAUUACAUCAAGAAAAAUGAAGACAAAACUAGAGACCGUCUCCUAGCUGCGUUUCCUGUUAGCAAGGACGACGUGCCAGACAGGCUGCACGCGGGGAGCACACCUGAGCUGAACAAGGACAGGGCCCAUUCAACAUCCACACUGUCACUUCCGGAGAGCCAUACUUUCCUCACCCCUGUGAAAAGCAGGGCUGGCAGAGCUAGCCGGGCCAAUCACCCAUUGGACGAAGGCCUGAUUUCUAAAGAAGGCUCCGUUGUGAGUCUUAAUCGGCUCUCUCUGGCCAGUGAGGUACCUCCUAUGGAAAAUCCCUACGACUUGGCCAUCAGCAGUCUGUCCCAAACAGACCCAGAAAUCUCUGAGCCUGGGACAGAGGCCUCAGAUAAAACAAAAAGCAGGGUUUUUUUGAUGGCUAGGCAGUAUAGCCAGAAGAUCAAGAAGGCAAAUCAACUUCUAAAGGUGAAAAGUCCAGAGCUGGAGCAGCCACCAGCCAGUCAGCAGCAUAAUUUGGUACACAAAGACCUGGCUGCCAUUUUAGAAGAGAAGAAGCAAGGAGGGGCUGCCAUUGGUGCCAGGAUUGCUGAGUAUUCCCAACUGUAUGACCAGAUUGUAUUCAGAGAGUCUCCACUUAAAGCUCAGAAAGAUGGCUGGGCCUGUCAGCAGGAACCCUCAAGCCUCAAGUCCACACCACCUUCCCAGGCUCAACACAGUAAUGAAGACUGGCUUUUGCAUUCAACCUACAGUAAUGGAGAAUUAGCAGAUUUCUGUCCUCAGCCAGAGCAAGACUUAAAGUCAAAAUAUCCCGCUGUAGAGUUCAGUACAAAAAAUACUCCCAGACAAUUGUCCACAGCUUAUUCUGUGCCUUCUCUUCAAACCAGUGACCCUCUGCUGGGCCCCAUGCAGAGACACAGUGUGGUAGUAAGUCAGCCCAACAAAGAGAACUCAUGUCAGGGCCAUCUUUACAACUCUUUGGGCCGGAAAGGAAUCAGUGCUAAAUCUCAGCCUUAUAACAGGUCCCAGUCUUCUUCCUCAGUCUUGAUAAACAAAUCAUCGGACUCUAUCAGCUACCCUGAUGACACGGGAACGCAGCAGCUACUGUCUUUACACAGAAGCUUCAGGUGUGACAGUCACCAGGAUUUGCUGGUAGGUGUUGCUGACUCAUGUCAACAGGACACUGGAAAACGCUCAGAGCUCACACUCCAAGACUCGCAGAAGGUUCUGGUAGUCAAUAGAAAAUUACCCUUAAGUGCCCACAUAGCUACCCAGAACUAUUUUUCCAACUUCAAAGAGACUGAAGGAGAUGAAGAUGACUAUGUGGAAAUAAAGUCAGAAGAAGAUGAGGCAGAGUUAGCUCGUAAUCGCAGAAGACAAUCUGACCCAAAGGUGACAGGGGCUGACUCCUUUGAUGGUAUCUGCAGCAACAGUACAUCUUACUCUUUAAAUAGUCCUUGCACUCCAAAGAAGCCAAUAAAUAGCAAACUUGGUCUUUCACCGUAUUUGACAUCGUACAACAAUUCUGACAAACUGGAUGGCUAUCUUUGGAGCGGGCCAUCUCCCAAUCAACAAAAUAUUGUGCAGUCUCUACGAGAAAAAUUUCAGUGUCUUAGUUCGAGCAGCUUUGCCUAAGUUCUUAAUAGUAGCUGCCUGAAUUGACUUCUUAUGCUCAUAAAUUACAGAUACUGAUGAGGUGUUUAAUAUGUACCAGGUGAAAACAAUUCUGUAAUGACCGUAAGUGUGUAAUAUACUUUCCUUUACAGCACAACUUUUUGAAACGGCUGACCGACAGCCAGGACUGUACUGUAGCAGAUGUCAGUAUCUACCAUAUGUUUUCUGAUGCUGAUUAUGUUUCAUGUAAGUCAAUCUUACUUGAAAAUUUUUAGGCAUUUUUUUAACAUGAUGGCCAUGAUAUUUUUUUUUCCGUAUCUUGACAAUAGUGGCCAGACUUUAAGAAAUGCAAUAAUUCUCUAGUAUUCACUGGAAGCCCCGAGUAGUUUUAUCCUAGGACUCAAAGGCAGCAAGGAGGCUUUUUCAAGUAUUUUGAAAGGAAACUAGAUUAAGAGAUUAUGCCUAAAUCUGGCAUUUCUGUUACAUUCAUGGCAAGGCCCUAGAAUAACGUAUGCCAGAGAUUUCUAAUUAGAGUGUAGUCUAUGCUGCCCAUUUUAGAGUCUGUAUGCUGGUUUUUUUUUUUU